AUGGCCGGCGCGGCCUCCGAGGCUAGCGACCUGACAACCCCGCUGAUCAGCGGAAACCAGCCCGCGGCUACAUUCUCGUCGCGAGGAGGCAACCGCAGGAGCGGACGCCGUCGCGCGAGCGGCGAGAGCGGCGCGGGGGCGCACGACUCCGACGGGGGCAGCCCCGCGCCUCGCCACUCGCACGUCGAGUCACCUCUCGCCGCCGCGGACCACGAGGGAAUCACCGUCGAGCCCCUCGCGCCCCUCGCGGACCUCCUCGUCGAGGCCACCAACACGAGGGUGCGCCAGGGCUACCUCUCCGGCGACUGGCUCGCGGAGCGCCUGCCCGCGUACUCGUCCAUCAGCGAUCUCAUCGCCAACUCGUCCAGACCCGCCAUCACGCCGGUGGAUGCGCGCGCUUCGCUGACGCACACCCAGCUGAAGGACCUCAUCUACAGGGUCGACGACGAGCUCAAGACGUGGGGGGUGACCCAGGCGGGUUCGCGCGUGGGUGUCGCCGUCCCCAACGGACCCGAGCUCAUGUCCGUGCUCCUCUCCGUCAUCGACAGGCACACGUGCGUGCCCGUGAACCCGGCCACCACGCCGCAGGAGAUGCACGAGGAGCUACGCGCCACCGGGGUGGUGGCCUUGGUGUACCAGGGGGGUAACGAGAUGGCGGUGACCAUGCGUAAGCUGUGCGAGAAGCUCAAGAUUGUGCCGCUGGCCAUCACCCCGGAUCCCAACGUCGGCGGUUUGUUUUCAAUCUCGAGCGACGCGGGCGACGCCUCCGGUAGCCGCGCGGGCCCCGGGACGUACGCGCCCCCCGACAGCGACAAGAACCGCACCGCGCUCGUGCUUCACACCAGCGGCAGCACGGGCAAGAAGAAGAUCGUGCCCAUCUCGCUGCACCAGCUCGUGUUGGGCGCGACGGCAAUCGGCGCAUCCUCGGGCCUGGGACAAAAUGACGUGUGCCUCAACUUCAUGCCGCUGUUCCACGUCGGAGGCAUCUGCCGCAACCUCCUUGCGCCCAUCUUCGCCGGGGGUAGCACCGUCGCGAUGCCCUUCUUCGACGCCGACGAUUUCUGGCAGACGGCGGUGCAAAAACAGUGCACCUGGUACUACGGAGCUCCCACCAUGCAUCUGCUCGUGGUCAACUCCGCGAAGGCCAUGCCCACGGAUCAGAUUCCCGAGACCAAGAUCAGGUUCAUCGCGAACGCCGCGGGCCCGCUCUUACCCAGCGUGGCCAUCGAGCUCAGGAAGGUUUUCAACGGUGCCGCGGUGCUCACCUCGUACGGCAUGACGGAGUGCAUGCCCAUCGCGUGUCCGCCCCCGGGGUACGCCCUGGAGCGGGCGGGGAGCUCGGGCCAGGCCAUCUGCCCCGAGAUCGCCAUCGUCGACGACUCCGGCGAGCGCGUGGCGAACGGCCGCGUCGCUCACAUCGUGGUCAAGGGGAGCAUCGUGACGCGGGGUUACGAGAACGAUCCCGAGGCGACCAAGGCGAGUUUCCACCCCGGCGGCUGGUUUAAAACCGGUGACAUGGGAUGGAUGGACGCCGAUGGAUACCUCUACGUCACCGGGCGGAGCAAGGAGGUGAUCAACAGAGGCGGCGAGAUCAUCUCCCCGGCGGAGGUGGAAGAGGCGCUCCAGUCGCACCCGGGUGUCGCGGACGUGGUGGCCAUCUCCAUACCGCACGCGACGCUUCAGGAGACUGUCGCCGUCGUGGUGGUACCCACGCGGGGAAUCCAGGAACCCGGCCUGCGACAGCUGUGCCAGCACGCGAGCGACAGGCUGCCGCCCGCGAAAUGGCCCCAGUGCCUCGUGCUCGUGGAGUCCAUUCCCAAGCUGGCGACGGGAAAGGUGAGCAGGAGCGCCAUCGCGAAAUCGCUGGACAUUCAGGAAAUUCGCGACGGGAUGUGGGAGCUCGACGUAACCUUCGAGGCGUCGCUCGAAGUCAACGCGGGACGCGGUUCAUCGGGCGUAGCGGGGCACAGGGCCAUCGCGACCAGAGACGAGGCCACGAAACGCGUCGCCGAGGCGCUCUCCAAGGCUUCCGGCGUCGAGGACACGGCCGCGUGCAUCGACACCACCGGGAGCAACGCGCUGAUUGGCGCGGUGACCCCGGCGGAUGCCGACACUGAAAAGGUCAUGUCCUUCGCGUGCAGGUGCCUCCCGGGCUUCCUCGAGCCCAAGGAUGUCAUCGCGGUGGACGAGAUCCCGCGCGCCGCGGACGGCAAGUGCGACGCGCAGGCGCUCCUCGCGCUGUGGAAGGGUCAGAAGGCGGCUGGCGUCAACGGCGCGGCUUUCACCGCCACUCAGAGGGCGGUUGCCGAGGCGUGGGCGAACACCCUCAACUGCGACGCGCGGACCGUGGGACUGGACGACGACUUCUUCCAGGUUGGUGGGAGUUCCAUCGUAGCCGGGCAGCUCGCGGCUGACAUCCGUCGCAAGCUCAGCUCCAACCUCACGGGUGCCGAUAUCUUCCGCUACCGCACCGUGAAGGAGAUCGCCGCAAAGGUUGAGAAGGAGGGAGGCGGGACCAAGGACGGAAACAAGACCGAGGGCGGCCUGCCCCCGAGCAUGGCGAGCAAACCGCUGGGUCCCAUGGAGUGGACGAGGUCCUACAGCUCCACAUCGUUCUUCGCGCUGCUGUUCCAGUCACUGCCGCUGCUGGUCUUCGCGCCGAUGCAGAAGAUUCUUCGCUGGACAAUUUUCCUCAACAUGGCGGCUGGGGUUGAUCCGGAGAAUGAACACUUUCACCACCUGCGCCUGGUGGCGUUUUUUGUGGCGCUUGUAUUCACGGGACUGAUUUCGUUUGUGCUGUUCCCGGUCAUGACCGUGAUGCUCAAGUGGACCGUGCUCGGUCGCCUGAAGCCCGGUUUGCACCCGCUGUGGGGCAGCGUGUACAUCAGAUGGUGGCUUUCGAACAAGGCUGUGGAGGUUAGCGGGUUUGGCAUCUUUGGGAUGUCCGAUGGCCUCUUCAGGAUCUACCUGAGGAUGAUGGGCGCAAGGGUGGGACGGGGUGCCAAGAUCGGGCGACUCGUCCGCAUCGCGGACUUUGACAUGCUCGAGAUCCACACCAACGCCGCGGUGGACGACUACGCCCACCUGCGCGCGGCGGAGGUGAGGAGGGGCGCGCUGAGGGUGGCGCCCGUCUACCUCGGACCCGGCUCCACCGUCUGCACUCGCGCCGUCGUCGGACCCGGCGGCGUCGUCCCGCAGGGCGCCACCCUGGGCCCGUACAUGUCCUGGCGCGAGCUCGACGUGACCAACCCGAAGACGAUGGCGCAGAUGGAGGAACACAGGAAGAUCGCGCGCAUGCGCCAGCCCCAGCCGGGCUUUGGCUCGCAGAUGCUGGCGUGGCCUAUCGUCUUUGUCUGCGAAGUUGUCGCUUGGAUUCCUUGGAUCUUCGUGUUUGUCGUGCUGAUCCGCUCGCAGGGGCUCUAUCUGAGCAUUCCAGGACAGGGCGGCCUGCACGACUGCAUCACCUGGUUUAUGGACCCCUUCCGCCUCGGCGUCAUCUUUGCCGCGAGGGUGGGCCACAACAUCUUCGGCCCGCUCCUGCAGCUCAUCUGGAUCGUGCUGGUGAAGUGGAUCGUCGUGGGCAAGUUCAAGCCCGGGCCGCUGCCCCGUACCUACCUUGCGAGGGAGUGGGAGCUCACCCGCAGGUGGCUCAUGAACAAGCUCCUCCCCAAGGGUGACUUCAGGGGCGCGCUCGCCGUGCUGGGGAAGCAUUACGAGUACACCUCCAUAGUGUACAGGAUGCUGGGUGCGAAGAUUGGGAAGCGGGUGUUCUGGCCCGGAUCGGGCGUGCUCGUGGCCGACGGCAUGUACGACCUCGUGGACAUCGGCGACGACGUCGUCUGGGGCUCGAGGAGCAUGGUCUUUCCCGCCGACUGCACCAGCUCGCUUCCCGUGAGCAUUUGCAGGGGCGCCAACGUCUCGGACAGGUGCGUCAUCUACGCGGGUGUGACGCUCAUGGACGACGCGUGCCUCGGAUCCGGUGCAGUGGCGCCCAGGAAGAUGAAGUACGACUACGGCAGCAUCCACGUGGGCUCUCGCAACGGCGCCUGCGUGCAGCUGGAUCCCGGCAGCAAGCCCGACGACUCCGUGCCCCGCGAGCCCAAGCCGUUUGGCCGCGCGGUGUACCAGCGCAAGGCGACGUAUUUCCUGCCGCAUUGGCAGGUGAUGCCCUUCGUCUUCUCGUUCUUCAUCGCGCUUCGCACGGCCUAUUCCGUCAUGCCCAUCUGGGUGUCGUGGUACCUCGUCGCGAUAAUCACCUGGGAUUUGGGAAACAACUUUUGGACGGAGAUGCCCGAGUGGAGGUAUUUGCUGCUGUUGAUAUUUGUUUAUCUCUGGGUGAACAUGAUCCACGUGGUGGUUCGGUUCAUCAUCGACACCGGCUUGAAGUGGCUCAUCAUCGGCAGGCGCGAACCGGGUCUGUACCCGUGGGACCGCAGCUCAUACUGCAUCCGGUGGAAGAUCUUCGAGUCGCUGUGCAGCGAUACCCUGCACUCGCUGCGGCUCAUCGGCGGCUCCGCGUUUCUCCCCUUCUUCUACAACAUCAUGGGAAGCAGGAUCGGGCGGCGGGUGUGCCUGUACCCCACCGGCGCAGAUCCCCCGAUGGUGGAGCCGGACCUGGUGGUCAUCGAGGACGGCGCGUGCGUCAACUUCACACACAUCAUUUGCCACACGAACACCCUCGGAUCCUUCGCCCUGAACCACAUCGUGAUCAAGAGCGGCGCAACCCUGAGCACCGAGUCGAGGAUCAUGGGCGGCGUCGUCAUCGGCGAGGACGCGGUGCUCCUCGAGCACACCAUGGCCAUGGUGGGCGACGUCGUGGAGCCCGGCGACAUCUGGCAGGGUUGGCCGGUGCAGGCCAUCGCAAAGGCCGAUGAGGUGGCCAAGUCCGCAAAAGACAGCGCGGAGAAGGCGGAGAAGGUGCACGAGGGUAAGGUGCUUCCGCUCGGCCUGAAGGAGAUGCCCAAGCCGCACAAGUCUUACGGCUCGCACCGCUAAAUCAAAACACAAAUCCAUUCUUUCACGUCACUUAGAACUAAACGUUUGUAUUCAAACCUAAACGCAUCGCUAAGAUCACCAUCGAUGACCGCCCGUCGGUUCGCGCGCCGUGGACUCCCUCUCCCGUCUCCGAGCCGUCGCGUCCUCCUCGACUCGGGCUUCCAGAUCCGCCGCGCGCGCCGUAACCGCCUUCACCGCCGCCGCCUUCACCGCCGCCGCCGCGAGCGGCACGACGAACCACGCCCGCCCGCCCGACGACCAAGGCCCGCGCGCGCACUCGCCGCCGAACACGUCGAUUCCGAUCGCGUCCGUCGCGUCCGCGAAAAAGGCGACGACGACGGCCACCGACGAAGCCAUCGUCCACUCGGCGUACGCGCGAAGCGUUCGAGCAGCCGCCGGCUUCGACACGAGCGAUCGGAACGUGGCCGCCGCGCCGAGCAUCGGCGCGAGGGGCAACGCGAGCGGCGGCGCCGAGAAUAUCGCCGCGGAUGCGAAGGCGUCGCAGGCGAGCGACUGGGCGACGACGGCGAACGAA